GAAAAUAAAAAAAUUAGAGAAAGAGAGGGGGGGAAUGACUAAGGAGAGUUUCUUUGACCGAGCCUUCCCCUACCUCACCCGCAACGACCAAGAGGGAAAAAAAAGUGGGAAAGAAAAAGAAAUAAACGCGAGUGGCGAUCGAAUUCAUGGUCUGUUUGGUAUCACUCUCUUGUAUUUGCUUCUCCCCUCUUGCCCUUUUGAGAAACGGACAAAAAGUUCGGUUCUUGCAUCGGUUCCGAGACCCACUGCGGUGUCCGGUUUUGAUUCAAGAUUGAUGGUAUUGUGGAGUAACGGCUAAGGAGUUUGUUGUGUCGCCGCUCCACGGGUCUUCACUCGGCUCACCCAUCGAGUCAACGUGUGAGAUGCUUCGGAUUUCCCGGUGGGAUUCUUCGAUUGAGGCGAUUCAGAGUCUGAGCAGAGUUGUUUUAUUUGGCGAGUGAAUCGGUGUUGGCAAAGAUUUGGGGGCUUAUGAAUCUGUGAAGCUCAGAGUUUUUGUAGUUGACUUGAGAUGGUAAUCAUGGAGCGAGCGAUCUUUGCUUUCCUUUGGUUGGUUUUGGCGUCUCAUUUUUUGCCCAGAGCCUGUGGUAAUGCUGAAGGUGAUGCUUUGAAUGCCCUAAAGACGAACUUAGCUGAUCCAGGCAAUGUCUUGCAGAGUUGGGACCCUACCCUGGUCAACCCAUGCACAUGGUUCCAUGUGACAUGCAAUAGUGAUAAUAGUGUGACCCGAGUUGAUCUUGGGAACGCAAAUCUUUCCGGUCAGUUGGUUCCACAGCUCGGCCAGCUUACAAAUUUGCAGUACUUGGAACUGUAUAGUAACAACAUAACUGGGAAAAUUCCUGAAGAGCUUGGGAAUCUGACAGUUUUAGUGAGCUUGGAUCUUUACCUGAACAACUUAACGGGUCCCAUUCCAGUGACUUUGGGAAAGCUCGCAAAGCUCCGUUUCCUGCGUCUAAACAAUAACAGCCUCUCAGGGACCAUUCCCGUGUCUCUAACUACUAUUACCACACUGCAAGUCCUUGAUCUUUCAAAUAACAAUCUAACAGGAGAUAUUCCAGUCAAUGGCUCUUUUUCUCUAUUUACUCCUAUCAGUUUUAAUGGUAACCCCUACCUCAAAGCUUCACCAACACCUCCACCGCCUCCUGUUUCUCCAACACCUAAAGCUUCUUCUUCUGGUAGCACAACUGGAGCUAUUGCUGGGGGAGUUGCUGCUGGUGCUGCUCUGCUAUUUGCAGCUCCAGCAAUCGCGCUAGCGUGGUGGCGGAAGAGAAAGCCACAGGAUCAUUUCUUUGAUGUUCCUGCUGAGGAGGAUCCUGAAGUUCAUUUGGGACAGCUCAAAAGAUUUUCCCUCCGUGAACUGCAAGUUGCAACAGAUAAUUUUAGUAACAAAAAUAUUUUGGGCAGAGGGGGUUUUGGUAAAGUUUAUAAAGGACGUUUAGCUGAUGGGUCACUAGUGGCAGUGAAGAGACUUAAAGAGGAGCGUACUCAAGGUGGAGAACUGCAGUUUCAAACAGAAGUGGAAUUAAUCAGUAUGGCUGUGCAUCGGAAUUUGCUCCGUCUACGUGGUUUUUGCAUGACACCCACUGAGCGUUUGCUGGUCUAUCCAUACAUGGCAAAUGGAAGUGUAGCUUCCCGUUUGAGAGAGCGCGUGGAGAACCAACCCCCACUCGACUGGCCAAAGCGGAAGCGAAUUGCAUUGGGAGCUGCAAGGGGGCUGGCAUAUUUGCAUGACCAUUGUGACCCCAAGAUUAUACACCGUGAUGUUAAAGCUGCAAAUAUAUUAUUGGAUGAGGAAUUCGAAGCUGUCGUCGGAGAUUUUGGUUUGGCUAAGCUCAUGGACUACAAAGAUACUCAUGUUACCACUGCUGUACGUGGCACUAUCGGCCACAUAGCUCCGGAGUACCUCUCAACAGGAAAGUCUUCAGAGAAGACAGAUGUCUUUGGCUAUGGGGUCAUGCUUCUAGAACUGAUAACUGGACAGAGGGCAUUUGAUCUUGCUCGGCUAGCAAAUGAUGAUGAUGUCAUGCUGCUUGAUUGGGUCAAAGGGCUUCUAAAUGAUGAUAAAUUGCCGAUGCUGGUUGAUUCUGAUCUCCAAGGUGCUUACACUGAUGACGAGGUCAAACAACUGAUCCAAGUUGCUCUCUUAUGCACGCAAAGCAACCCUAUGGAAAGACCUAAAAUGUCCGAAGUGGUCAGAAUGCUCGAAGGCGAUGGUUUGGCAGAGAGAUGGGAGGAGUGGCAAAAAGAGGAAAUGUUCCGCCAAGACUUCAGCCACACUCACAACCCGCAUGCUGAUUGGAUCGUUGCCGACUCCACUUCCCACCUCCGCCCGGACGAAUUAUCUGGUCCCAGAUGAUCCUAUUGAAGUCCAUCAAUCACAUGAAAAAUCUCCAUGAAGACCCUUUUUGUAGUUUUAACUGAACUAUAAAAUUUGUGCAUAUGGUCUUUCUUUUCUUUUCCUUCUAUGAGUCUCGUUUCUCUUGUUUUAUUAUUCCUUUUUGCUGUCCAGCUUAUCGUUCAUAUUAAACUUGCUCUAUGCUUUUAGUUCCAUAGGAUUACCAAUUGCCAUUGUGUAAACAACAGGUGCUAGGAAACGAAAGGAUUAUGGGAGCACUACUGGUCUAUAAUUGUUAUGUAUCAAUGUAAGAGAAAUAAAUACACGUGUCUUCUGCAA